AUGAAUAGAAUUUGGAAACACUUCACAAUUUAAAGUUCACUUGUCUGGUUUUCAUGAGACGUGACUAUGGGGUGUGUUUAAAAGAGUGAUGCUACCAAGGAAUGUUUUUGUUGGGAAGCUCUUCAUGCCAAAUUGCAAAGAAGAAUAUACCCCAAAACAAUGCAUCCAUUGAUGCCCGUGACUGUAAAACCUGGCAAAACUGGUUGUGCCUCAUAGUUUUCGCAUAUUGCAAAUGUGCUCAAAAUAAAGAAAAAAAUCCUACUCCUUCUGUGGUGAAUAAAAAGGCGCUGCUAAUGUUGAAGUUACUGCACUGGGGAAGAUGGCAUCUCUCAUGCUGCUGCUGCUGCACUUGCUGCUCAUAGUCUCAACUGCAUCUGCAUGGUAUAGCGCUACCUACAGAUUCUAUGGAGGCUCUGUGAUAUUCAGCCCACAUGGAAGAAAUUCUGAUGGGACUUAUGUGGUGGAAGUCCGCAACAAGCAAACCUCAUACUACUGCAACCAGAAUGGCUACACUUGCUCCUCUGGUAACUGUGGGACACAGACCCAUAUUUCCCAUGGUCAAGUUUCCAGAAAUUCCUACGGGUUCAACUGGUGCGAGUACGAGGUGGUGACAACCAGAAAACUCACCAGCAACCAACCCUUCCAGAUUAGAUACCCCACAUACUACAGUCGGCGUGGCAAUGGAUACUGGAUAUCAAAUGUAAGAAGCUCACUGGUGGCCUGGAGAAUGACAGCAAAUGUGGACCUGGGAACCCGAUCUGACACUGGUGAAUCCAACAAAUCUCCCAUCACUGCCAUGCUGCCCGCUCUCAGAGUUACUCGAAACUGCCCGCGAUGGUUCAACAUUACACUGUUUGACCCUGAUGGUGACCGGGUCCGAUGCCGUGUACCAACAAGUCGAGCCUCGUAUGAGUGUUCCUUGUGUGGCCUGACCAGUAGUUUCUCUUUAGAUCAGAAAUCAUGCUCCAUAAAAUAUAAUGGUGGAACUUCAAUUGGAAUCCAUCCAGUUGAGCUGCAGGUGGAGGAUUUUCCCAACACACACAUUACCCUUUCAUACACUGAUGGAUCCUACACAACCAAGCGCCCCCUUUCAGUGGUCAGGCGUAAGCGUGCAGUCACCACCAUCACACCUGCUACAACCAGCACCACGCCUGCUACAACCACCACCACACCUGCAACAACCACCACAUGGUGGUGGUGGGUGUGGGCAACCACCACCGCACCUGCUACAACCACCACCACGCUGCUACAACCACCACCACUACAACCACCACCACCUGCUACAACCACCACAUGGUGGUGUGGAUGGGCACUAUGCCUCCUCUUGCCUUGA